AUGGGUUCUCUUCAUCACAACGACGAGCUCGAAGCAGUCUGCUCAGCACUCCAAUCCAUAACCCAACGUCUAGCCUCAACAACCCAAGAUGUCCAAAACGACCCUAUCAUCAAAGUCGCCCAACCCUCAGACAUUCCCUACCUUCAAAAGAUAGGAACACCAGGUCAAGCCCACUCAAUCGACCAAGUCCUCCAAGAAGCCUUCACCGCAUUCGACCACCGCAUGCGCGUCAACCAUCCUCGCUUCAUGGGCUUCAUCCCCUCGCCUACAUCACCAGUCGCUUGGCUAGGCGACAUAGUAGCCAGUGCGUUCAACGCACUCGGUGCUUCGAAACUUCAGGCUUCAGGACCUGUUGUUAUUGAGAAGACGUUGAUUGAGUGGUUGGCGGGGAGGGUUGGAUUUCCGGCGAGUGCAGGGGGGAUUUGUGUCUCGGGUGGUUCGAUGGCGAAUUUGAUGGGGAUUGUGCUUGCGAGGGAUCGCUUCGUGCCACAUGGUGAAACAGGAAAGGCGGUUGCUUAUCUUUCGGACCAGACGCAUUAUUCUGUUGCGAAAGCUAUGAGGUUGCUUGGGUUUGAUAAGGAGCAGAUCCGGCGAUUGCCUGCAGAUGAGAAUUUCAGGCUUGAUCCGGCUCUUUUGGCGCAGACGAUUCAGAAUGAUCGCAAGGCAGGUCUUGUUCCGUUUUUGGUGGUUGGGACUUGUGGAACAACAAACACGGGAGCCAUUGAUCCUUUGCCCCAAAUUGCGGAGAUUUGCAAGAGAGAACAGAUCUGGCUGCACGUCGAUGGCGCUUACGGUGCUUCAGCAACUCUAUCCGCGACACGCCACGAGACAGUUGAUGGACUCAAGUACGCCGACAGCAUGUCAUGGGACGCGCACAAAUGGCUUUUCCAAACAUACAGCUGCGGUCUUCUCUUGGUAAAGGACAAGUCCAACCUCGUGAGAAGCUUUGCGAAUGAGGGAGAUUAUCUUCGCGAUGGUGUUGCGAUUGAGGAUGAGGAUAUUCCAAACUUUUGGAACUACAGCAUGGAGCUCACGAGGCCUGCGAGUCGAGCUAUGAAGUUGUGGUUUACCUUGAGGGUCAUUGGUGUUGAGAGGAUUGGGGAGAUGAUUGAUCAUGGAUUCGAUCUUGCUGAGAGGGCGGAAGAGGAGUUGAGAAAACUACCUGACUGGGAAAUCGUUAGCUCUGCCAGCUUGGGCGUGAUAACAUUCCGUUAUGCGCCUGAGGGUUUGAACGAAGAUGAGCUUGAGACUAUCAACACCGGUAUCUCAAAGAGUCUCAUCUCAAGUAACAAAGCUGGCAUCCUAACCACCAAGGUUAGAGGAAAAGUAGCACUGCGAAUUUGUGCAUUGAGUCCGCAAUUAGCGCUCGCCGACAUGUCAGACAUAGUCCACGAAGCCAAUCUCCUCGCCACAAAGAGCACCAAGAACGGCAACGGAGUAAAAAACUAG